CCUCCCAGCCUCACACAGCCUGAGUGCUCCUUCCGAGAGAUGUACUAACACACAGGGAGACAACUUUCCCAUCACACCGGUCACAUAAAGGGACAAUGAUGGAGGCCGGGUAUGGAGACUAGAUCACAACAGACAUGAUUCAUUGUAUCUUGGGAGCCCACAAACAGCCUGCUAUGUCAAAAUAACAUUCACAGAAUCUGUGAGGACAAACCCCACACACCAUGCAGUCCGCAGGUCACAGAUUCCGUGAUGUCGAACACCACCCUUUGCUUAAUGAGAGCGAUGGCUACGAUUCUCCCCCUUCGGAAGGAGAACUUACCGACAGAGUGUGGUUUAUUCGCGACGGCUGUGGGAUGGUGUGCGCGGUUAUCACUUGGAUGCUGGUUAUCUACGCGGAUUUUGUGGUGACGUUCGUGAUGCUCCUGCCUUCCAAAGACUUUUGGUAUUCUGUGAUUAAUGGGACCGUCUUCAACUGCAUGGCCGUGCUCGCAUUGACGUCCCACUUGAGAACAAUGCUCUCAGAUCCGGGGGCUGUGCCAAAAGGAAACGCCACAAAGGAGUACAUGGAGAGUCUGCAGCUCAAACCUGGAGAAGUUAUAUAUAAGUGUCCGAAAUGUUGUAGUAUCAAACCAGAGCGUGCACAUCACUGCAGUAUUUGCAAAAGAUGUAUCCGGAAGAUGGAUCAUCACUGUCCCUGGGUAAAUAAUUGUGUGGGAGAGAAGAACCAGAGGUUUUUUGUGCUUUUUACGAUGUAUAUAGCUCUGAUUUCGGCUCAUGCUUUGGCUCUGUGUGGGAUCCAGCUAUUUACCUGUGUCCGAGGACAGUGGACAGCAUGCAGUAACUUCUCUCCGCCGGUCACAGUCAUCCUGAUGAUCUUCCUCUGUCUGGAGGGGCUCCUGUUUUUGACGUUUACAGCCGUUAUGUUUGGCACCCAAAUCCACUCAAUAUGCAACGAUGAGACGGAAAUUGAACGACUCAAAAGUGAGAAGCCUACCUGGGAGCGAAGGCUAAGGUGGGAUGGCAUGAGAUCGGUCUUCGGGGGCCCGCCAUCUUUCCUAUGGAUAAAUCCAUUUGCAGGUUUACAAAUCAGACGCUUAAUAAGAGCACGGAAAGGCGGCACCGAAUUUUCUGUCUAAAAACCCUUUCGUUAACUGGAACAAUCCGAUUCACUUUGCUGUAUUUGUUGGAGCCAGGAAAUUCAAUCCAAGCGAGUGUUCGCCUAGUGGGACGAUCAGAGCUGUUUCUCAUCGCAAGCAACGCUGUCUAUUUCUUUUUAUGAGCGUGGUUUAUGUCACGGAGUGGAUCGCAAUAAGGUGACACAUAUUGACCACUGAACAAGACAAAUUAUUUUCCAGUUGCUGUAAUUUAUUCUGAUACAGGGUUAUAUAUAUAUAUAUAUAUAUAAAUAUAUUUUUUGUUGCUUCUAAGUUAAUUUUUCUGAAUUUUCCCUCCCACUGAUAAUUGAAAACGUUAUCAUGGCUUACAGUGAUUUUUUUUUUUUACUGCAUCGACGAGCUGAAUGACACUUGUGCUUUAUGGAGAAUAUGUUUUAAUGCUGUAUUGCAGACUGAGCUUUUUUUUAUUAACGUACUUGUAUAAAUAAAAGAUCUCACCAUGAGCUGGAACCCACAUGAGAAUCUCGGUGCUGGAGCAAAUAACUCGCAAUUGGUAGAAUAUUCACUGCGCACACGCAUGGCGAUAUUUUCUCUGAGCAUGCCAAUCUUUAGUUACUCGUGAUAAGAACAUAUUGGCUUUGUUUUUUUUGUUAAUCUCAGACUACUUCCAUUAUGGCUUUGGGUCCCUAUCCACCUUAAGCUCAGCACCUCCAUGGCUGUUGCUGAUUCAAUGGCUUUGUCAUUCUGCCGCCAUUACCCAUCAUAUGUUUCCUGUGUUUACUCAUAUAUUCACAGCUAUUGUACCUUUUAUAAAUGUGUUUGUGUUGAGUGGCAGUAAGGACCACUACAGUCUUCCAUUGAAUGGAACCAUUUGUGGGCUUAACAAAGGCACUGGCACAUGUUAUAUUUGGUGAAUUCAGCACAAUUAUACUUUUUACACGCUAUAGACCGGCUGCCUGCUCUGUUACCUAAUACCACAUUGUUUUUAGUUGGGAACGUCUCCAUUGCUUGUGGCUUCAUACUGUUUGUGUGUUUGGGCUGGUGUCUCCAGGUUCUUGUUAGCAGAUGAAGGCUUGGAGGUAGGCCAAUCUGUCCAGGUGACCUUACGGAUGACCUUUAGCUUGUAAGAUAGCCUCUAGUGAACAUGCCAUCUGCCAAAUACCACGUGUGUUGUUUUCUUGUCCACAUGGCCGCUAAUUCUCUGUUCAACGUGUAACAAUAUAUGCUUCAUUAAUACAUUAUCGCAUGGGACUAUAUGUUGACAUCCGAAAGCUAGAUUCCAUGGUAUGGCAGUAACUGAGAAAUAUGCAUCUCACUUUGUAUUUUCUAUAAUGAGAUUUCCCAUAUGUUUUUAUUUUUGUUGUUGACCUGCUGUAUGAAACUGAAGUUACCCACGGAGGAGAAAGGGAUUCUAUGAUGCACUGAUUUAUGAAAUGAAGAAUUUAAUUAUCUUUACCUGUAGCGUAACACUAGUAACUGGACACACAGAAGAGCGUCAGACUGAUUUGUUGUCACCCCAGCUCUGUGUGUAUGUUUUAAGCACUGCAAUGGAUUACAUCAGUUUUAACCGCAUUCAAAGACCUGGCAAGUGCUCUAUGUAAGAGACCUCUACAAAUGUACAUUUCCCUUAUUUUUAACCAUUUCGCAGUUGUUUCUAUAUUCCCAACCACUUUCUAAUUUAUUGUAGACCUAAUUUAUAUACAUGAUCUGGGUACAUAUCCCUGUCAGGCAUUGUAAGGUGCUUUACCAAUGCCUGUGUAACCGCUAACAGGAUACAUUGUGAGAGCCCUGUUUAUAGAUGUGUUCGGUGGUCAGAUUUUCUGGUUAUCAUUUGUAAAGCCCUGAACACUACAGUCCAUUAGGAGAUAAUGUGUUAAAAUAUGCAAAUAAAAACCACGAGAUUCAGUCUUGGAUUUCCCCAUGCAGCUAUUGUAACAGAAUGAUGGGAGAAAGGAGCGUGUUGCACUCUAACCGCUACAAAAAGCAUAGGUAACUACUAUGUUCAGAGACCUCUUCAUUUUCUGCACCAGUGAGAGACGGAAUGGUAUUAGGGAUAUUUGAAUGUAUUAUUUAUUUCUGUCUAUUUAAGAUUCCGUUUCCUUUAGUGUAUCAGACCUCCAGCCAUGGAGGCCGUAUCUGUAUUGUACUGGGUGUAAGCUUUCAUUGACUGUUAGGACUGUAAAAUUAUUUUACUUUUAAUUCCA